AUGAAGAAGUUAGUUGAUGAUAAUGCCUGGAACUGGCAUAAAAAGGUAUAUGAAACCUUAUGGGCGGAUAGAAUUACUCCCAAAAGAGAAAUUGGAAUGGCACCUUAUGAAUUGGUGUAUGGCAUUGGUGCGAAGGUUUCUUUACCUCUAGAAUUGGUAGCGACAAGGCUUCAAACUCUAAUUGAGGACUCCUUUUUCCAAAAUGCUCUAGAAAAUAGAGUCAUGUAUUUGAUGAGGUUGGAAGAGGAAAGAGAGAUGUUAGUGGAUAGAAUUACUGAGCAUCAAAAUAGGGUGAAGAGAAUCUUUGAUAUGAGAGCUCGACCAAGAGGUUUUCUAAAAGGAGAUGAAGUACUAUUGUGGGACAAGAGAAGGGAACCAAAGGGUGUCCAUGGAAAAUUUGAUUCACUGUGGAAAGGUCCAUUCAAGAUUCAUGAAGUAGUGGGACCGAAUGCAAUCAGACUGAAUUAUUUUGAUGGAAUGGUUAUGCCCUAUACCUAUAAUGGGAAAGACUUGAAGCUCUGUAAACUUUGA